CCCGCCGCGCACCCAGCUCUGGAAGCCGGGUAAAGCCAAGAGAAGAGCAAGCAGUUGCAGAGAAGAGCUACAAAAGCCAAGAGAAGAGCAAGCAGUUGCAGAGAAGAGCUACAAAAGCCAAGAGAAGAGCAAGCAGUUGCAGAGGAGAUGGAGACGGAUUCGGCGAUGGGUGGUGGCAGCUUCGAGUGCUGGUGGGAUUACUUCGACUCCCAAGGGCUCCAGAGCCUGUACAUCGAGCCGGUGCACGACGACGGCGCGGUGUCCGGAGGCCAGCAACACGACGGCUGCUCGAGCGGCCCGGACGCCGGCUCCAACAACUCCUCCGCGGCGACAGCCAGGUCAGGCAACAACAUAGUCAUGGAGAGGCGGCGCCGCCUCAGGCUCAACGACAGGCUCUACACCCUCCGCAGCGUCGUCCCAAACAUCACCAAGAUGGACAAGGCGUCCAUCAUCAAGGACGCCAUCGAGUACAUCCAGCAGCUGCAGCAGCAUGAGCGCCAGCUGCUCGCCGAGCUGUCCCUCCUCGAGACCGCCACGAACGCACACCAAUUACUAGUCAGUACACCGUCCAUGGCCAUCUCCGCCGCCGCCCUGGACGACAGCUGUGGCCACGCCGUGUCGCCGACGAAGAAGACGAAAAGGGCCCCGUCGUUCUCAUCCACGGCGUACCACAGCUCCGCCCCCGCCGCCUCGCCACCGGUCGACGUUCUAGAGGUGAAGGUGUCGCGCGCGGGGGAUGAGGUGCUGGUGGUGAGCGUCGCGUGCCGCCACCGGAGGGACGCCGUCGCCAAGGUGUGCCGGGCGCUCGAGGGCCUCCGCCUCCGCGUCAUCGCCGCCAACGUCACGUCGGCGUCGGGGACGGUGACGCACACCGCGCUCGUCCAGAGAGAAGAAAUGCAGGAGACUGAGAUGAAGGAAAUGGUUGAGACCGCAAUCGCCCAACUUGAUGACGUCAUUUGAAGUCCACUGAGUAGUUUGAGUUACUGAGAGGAUUGGAGGAAGCCGUGUGGAUCAAUCAUGCAUGUCUUGUCUCACAUUUAAUCAUAAAUAAUCAUGUUCUAUGAUAACAAGAACUCUGUCAACCGUGAUGGUAAUUUCGAAAUUUUGGGUUAUGCUGAUAGCAAUCUAAGUUUGCUUCCAUCCUAUACAUUUGGCCUCAAUUGCAUGUUCAAAUUUGCAGUAGUUUCCAAGGAGAAGAAUGUAUGUUAUUGAAAUGUUGACUGAACGAGCAAUCUUAGAUAUGCUCACGUCCAAAGUUGAAAUUCUGUAUUUGUUCUUUAAUGAUUCUAAGUGAUUGUUUCUUGAA